CGCCCAUCCGCUGAGCCCCGCAGCUGGGGGCUCGGGUGCCGGUGGGUGCGGCUGGCCCGAGGAGGAGGAGGAGGAGGAGGAGGAGGAGGAGGGCGCGGAGGAGCCGGUUUUUUAGGUGACUGCAUAGAAAACUGCCCAACCUGCCAACAUCUGAUGAAAUUAGUGAAUAAGCAAAUCAACUAUGUCUUACACUGUGGGAGUUGGUGGUGACCCUGCUCUACUGGCCCAGCGGAUCUCUUCUAACAUCCAGAAGAUCACACAAUGUUCUGUGGAAAUACAGAGGAGUCUGAAUCAACUUGGAACACCUCAAGAUUCACCUGAACUGAGGCAACAGCUGCAACAGAAGCAGCAGUAUACUAAUCAACUUGCCAAAGAAACAGAUAAGUACAUUAAAGAGUUUGGAUCUCUGCCCACCACCCCCAGUGAACAGCGUCAAAGGAAAAUACAGAAGGAUCGCUUAGUAGCUGAAUUCACAACGUCGCUGACAAACUUCCAAAAGGUCCAGAGGCAAGCCGCUGAAAAAGAGAAAGAGUUUGUUGCUCGAGUGAGAGCCAGCUCCAGAGUAUCUGGUGGUUUUCCUGAAGACAGCUCAAAGGAAAGGAAUCUCGUAUCCUGGGAAAGCCAAGCUCAACCUCAGGUACAGGUGCAGGAGGAAGAAAUUACAGAGGAUGACCUCCGCCUUAUUCAUGAGAGAGAAUCUUCCAUUAGGCAACUCGAAGCUGAUAUUAUGGAUAUUAAUGAAAUAUUUAAAGAUUUGGGAAUGAUGAUUCAUGAGCAAGGAGAUGUGAUAGACAGCAUAGAAGCCAAUGUGGAAAGUGCAGACGUGCAUGUUCAGCAAGCAAACCAGCAGCUGUCAAGGGCAGCAGAAUAUCAGCGCAAAUCCAGAAAAACCCUGUGCAUCAUCAUUUUUAUCAUUGUCAUCGGAGUUGUAAUUCUUGGUCUCAUCAUAUGGAAAGUGAAAAGCUAAAUUAUAAAGGAGCACACUAUUGCACUACAUUCUCUAAAUUAUGUAGGAGGAUUCCUGUAAUCAUGGUUUUUAUUAUUAUUAUUAUUAUUAUUUUAAAAGUACUUCGUAAAGGAUGGCUCCCGAAACUUUGUUACUUUCAUUGGAGAGGGGAGUUUCCUUUAGAUUCAAUCUGAUAUUUUCUAACACUGAAAGUUUUUCUCAUAUGACCUCUGGCAUUACUUCCAUGCUUUUCCAUCUAGCAACUGUGAGGUUUUGUUCACAUUGUAUAUGCCUUUCAUUUAUAAUUUAUUUACCCUGUUGACUUAGCUCUUGGAAUGAGUAAAUGUAAAGGUGUGUGUGCGUUCCAUGUGCGUCUGACUCUGUCACAGAGUGACCUGCACCCAGAUUUGUGUUACUUCAAUAAAAAAAUCUCAAAUUUAAUUUCAAUUUGGGCCAGCAGAGGAAAUAUUCUUAAUAACUUAAAAAAAAAUUAACAGACCUGUUUGUGGUGUUUUUUGUUUUAUUUUGUUUUUCUGGUGCAUAGCAGCACACAUUACCGAUUUAACUUUUAUUAUUGGUUUUCUCUUAAAACUCUUGUUUACUGUAAAUGAAAUCAAUGAAUAAUUUCCUAGAGUAUCUCAUACUCCUGAUGUGUAUCUGUUAAGCAUUUGCUGUAGAUUGCCUCUUAAAAUACAAAGGGUAGAUUGUUUUUACAUAGACCCUGCUAAAGUCUGAUGUUUGCUGGGAUAUGUGUAGUCACUAGAAAUGUUUAAUGUAAUUUGAAGGAAGAGUUUGAAAAAUCAGUACCUAUUGUUAGAAAUCUAAAAAUCCCAGCUUGUUAUUUUGCUGUGUACUUCCACAGCUAUCACUGUGGAAAAUUAAUUUCCUUCCCUUAAGUCCUUUAAAAUGAUGGCUGCAUGGGUAUCCUUGGGUCAGAAUUACUUUGGGUGAGCAACUUUCCCAGAAUCACUGUUAACUUAAACUUAACCAACACUUAAAAAUUUAAUGUUUACCUUGCCUACCAUUUUGUACCAUCCUUCAUUAGAAAACAAUUUGGAUGUUUGCCAAUUAACUCACUUGCUUUUUUAAAAUCAAUGUUGUUUUAAUGCACUAAUCUGAAUACUGUAAAGGGGAUUAUCUUAGUUUAUAGUUUGUAUUUUAUAAUGUUCUUAUAUAGCAGUUUGAUAGUGAAGUCAGUGUUUUACAUGGCAAAGCUAUUGAGACUUCAAAUGGGAACAAAUAAAAUAUUAAGUAAACUGUAUCUUCGCAACCAAAAUAAAGAUGACUUUAAAAGUGUCUGGAUA